UUAUCAAUUAUGGAAUGUUUUUGUUUGCGGCAUUGAGGAUCAAGGAUUUCAUUACAUGGUCAAAUAUUCUUUCUGACUCUGAGGGAGGAAGAAAUAGAGAGAGAGAGAGAGAGAGAGAGAGAGAGAGAGAGAGAGACGAACAGAAAAUUAAAGACGAAGCAAACGAAAACUCCAUAAAUAAAUCCUCAACAAAAAUCGUGACUUGUCAACCACUGAAUCACCAAACUCGUUUCUUCUUCUUCUACUUCUUUGUUUUCCUCUGUGAUCUCUCUCUUCGGUGAGCUUUUCUAGAGGGAGAAAGAUGGCGGCGACGGUACCGGCGGGGGGUGGCGCCGGCGUAGAUGCGCGGAAGGCGCAUGCUGCCAUGGCAUUAGUGCAGCUCUUCAAUGGCGGAUACCAUGUAAUUACCAAAGUAGCCCUCAACGUUGGCGUCAAUCAGCUCGUCUUCUGCGUCUUUCGUGACCUCCUUGCCCUCUCCAUUCUCGCACCCAUCGCGUACUUCAAAGAACAACGGAUUCGACCACCGAUGAAUAAACGUUUCUUGUUGUCAUUCUUCCUUCUUGGAUUAACAGGGAUAUUUGGAAACCAGCUUUUAUUUCUCAUUGGCCUUGGCUACACAAAUCCCACUUAUGCUGCUGCCAUACAACCUACUAUUCCUGUAUUUACAUUUAUCUUGGCAGUGCUGAUGGGUACAGAACGAGUGAACUUGCUCAAAACUGAAGGUCAGGCGAAGAUUGGAGGGACACUUAUAUGUGUUUCUGGUGCUAUGUUCAUGGUUUUCUAUCGUGGCAAGGCUUUGAUUGGAAAUGUGGAGCCAGACUUUGCAACACAGAGUGAAAUAAUUGCCAGAGGUCAACCAGAACCUGCUGGAUGGUUAAUGUCUGGCUUUCAGGAGAUUGGGCUUGACAAUUUUCACCUUGGAGUUUUGUGCCUAAUUGGGAACUGUAUGUGCAUGGCUGCAUUCCUGGCGAUUCAGGCUCCGGUUUUGAAAAAGUAUCCUGCAAACAUAUCAGUCAUUGCAUAUUCGUACUUCUUUGGUACUUUGCUGGUGGUGGUGACAGCAUUCUUCAUGACUAAUGAAUCAACAGACUGGAAGCUGACACAGUCUGAGGUUCUUGCUGUCAUUUAUGCAGGAACCAUUGCAUCUGCGUUUAACUAUGGACUUCUGACAUGGUGCAAUAAGAUCUUGGGACCUGCUUUGGUUGCUCUAUACAAUCCACUGCAACCUGCUGCCUCUGCCUUAUUGUCAACAAUAUUCCUCGGAAGCCCUGUCUAUUUGGGAAGUGUUGUAGGUGGAAUUCUAAUUAUUGCCGGUCUUUACAUCGUCACUUGGGCAUCUGUCAGAGAGAAACAGGCAGCUCCGGGGAUUGUAUCUCAUGUAAGUCGGACUUCUGAACCUCUCAUCCACAAAGAUGCCUCAGUUAGCAGGAUACCGUACCAGAGAGGACACAUUUUCUCAGGGCCAUCCCACGUAUUAACAAAAUCUUCAGAUUAGGUAGACAAUAUGAGGCGUUCUACUAAUGUAAAGUGCGGUUAAUUCUACCAUUUCUACGAGGAUCUUCUUGAGAUUUUAUACCUUUUUUUCCCCGUGCCUUGUCAAUUCAUUUGAUUAGUUUUUGAAAAGUCAAUUUACAAAAUGUUAGUUGAAUUGCCAAGCUCAAGGCCUUUCUUGGGCACAACCGCAUCACACAAAGUAUUUUGAAUUUCAGGGCUCGUGUAAGUGAGACGCUCAGAACAUGAGCUCGUAUAAGUGACUCUCAGAACAUUUUUAGUUAUCCCAUUGCCCUGCUGGAGUAAGAUCAUUUCCUUCCUGCAUCGUCCUAGUAUGCGAGUCCGCGAUUAUGCUAUCUAUCGUGCAUAUUGCUUUUCGUCGACGGUGGAUAGCAGUUUGGUGGAGGAUGCUCGAGGAUUUCAUCCAUUAGAGGGGACACAUAAACAUGGUGGAAACGUAAGGGUCAAUCAUUGAUAAUGCUGAACUGAAUCCCUUACAUUUGAUCUCAACUAGUUGCUCAUUUGAUUUCUCUGUUGCUGCGUGGAUUGUGUGUUUCGGUAUUGCUGUACUGCUAGACGCAUGAGUUCGAUCUCUCUUGCUCUCUCUCUUUUCAAAUUGUUCGGACUUGCAAGUUAUGAUUUUAAUGCAUGAUAGUUUCAUUUCGUAUCAUAUCUUGGGAAAGUCCCCAAGAUUUUGAAUGUUCUCCUGACUCAGCCUUGUCUAAGCGCAGUGGCUUGAAUUGAACCUUACUCUUCCAGUCGUAAAUUGUGGCCUGAAAUAUUAUACUCGGUAAUAAAUGUGCUCAUU